AUGUACAGACAAUUUUUAAUACGUCCACAAGAUAGAAAAUAUCAACGUAUUUUAUGGAGAAAUACGUCUGGUAUUAUCAAAACAUAUGAAUUAAAUAUUGUAACAUUUGGUCUUGCUCCAUCACCAUUCCUAGCUAUACGAUGUCUACAUAAAUUAGCUGAUGAUGAACAAGAAAAUUUUCCUAUAGCAUCAGAAAUACUCAAAAGAGAUCUAUAUGUCGAUGAUCUUUUAACUGGUACACAAACACUUGAAGAAGCAAUUAAAUUGAGGGAUGAAUUAAUUCCUUUAUUACAACAAGGUAUGUUAAAUAUACGCAAAUGGGCUUCCAAUGAGCCUAGACUAUUAGAAGGCCUUCCAGAGGCUAACAAAAAUUUACAAUUACAAUUUAAUGACUCCAGUGCAAUAAAAACACUCGGUGUUUACUGGAGAUCUACUACAGAUACAAAUGUUUACACAGUUAAAACAAUUACGUUUGACGAAAUUACAAAACGCAAAAUUUUUUCUGAAAUUGGAAAAAUCUUUGAUCCUCUUGGACUUCUUGGUCCAGUUGUUAUGACAGCAAAAAUAGUUAUGCAACAAUUAUGGAGUAUGAACAUUGACUGGGAUGAACCUGUCCCAUCACCAAUUAAAGAUGAAUGGUUAACAUUUUAUAACCAAUUACAACUUUUAAAUGAUUUAUCUUUUAAAAGACAUACAAUAUUAAAUGAUACAACAAGUAUACAAUUACAUGGCUUUUGUGAUGCCAGUGAAAAAGCAUAUGGGGCUUGUAUUUAUCUCAGGUCCAUUGAUAAAAAAGGUAAAGUUUACACACAACUUUUGUGUGCCAAAGGGCGCAUAGCUCCUCUCAAGACACUAUCAAUCCCUAGAUUGGAAUUAUGUGGAGCAUUAUUACUUGCUUCGCUUUAUACAACAAUAAUUAAAGCAAUACACAUAACAAUAGAUGACACAUAUUUGUGGUCAGAUUCUACAAUUGUUUUACACUGGCUAAGAAAAGAGCCAAGUGUUAUGAAAACAUUCGUGGCAAACAGAAUUGCCAAAAUACAAGAAAAAACAAAAACAACACAAUGGUGCCAUGUACGUACACAUGACAAUCCAGCUGACCUGAUUUCAAGAGGUCAACUACCUGAAGAAUUCAUCAAAACAACAACAUGGCAACAUGGGCCGUCUUGGUUGCAGUCUACCUGA